CCACCAAAGCGCAUAGCACGGUCCCCAGUCCCUUGAUGCAGGGAUGGAGAGCUCACGGGCGCACGGGGUAACUCGGAAGAAUCUGAGAAGCAAAGGUGAAAAGAUCAACAGGAAGCCAGACAUGAGGGCUGGGCGACACCAGGGACACUUCCACCUGCAGCGGACUCUGAUUUUUCUCGUCGCGCUCACGGUACAACCGCAGGGUGUGUGCGCAGUUGGGAUGUUUGAGCUUCAGAUCCGCCACUUUCAGAACCCACACGGACACCUGCAAACAGAAGAAUGCUGCGAUGUCCAGGCAAGCGGAGGACAGCGCUGCUCUCCCACAGACCAAUGUGACACUUUCUUCCAGGCUUGCCUCAAGGAGUAUCAGGUCCGGGUUGCUCCAACUGGAGCCUGCACCUUUGGUACAGGCAGCACAGGGAUCCUGGGUGGAAACUCCCAGACGCUUCGCCACAGAGGACAUGAGAGGGGAGGAGGUGAGGAUGGGAGCAACGGACACAUUGUCAUUCCCUUCCUGUACGCCUGGCCGAAGUCCUUCUCACUGGUGUUGGAGGCUCUGGAUUACGACAAUGACACAUCAGGAUCAGGUGAAGGUCAGUUGAUUGAGCAAAUCCUCCUCUCUUCCAUGCUGAACCCUGGAGAACAGUGGCAAACACAUCGUCACCACGGACGCACCUUCAGCCUGGAGUACCAACUCCGUUUCCGCUGUGACUCCAACUACUAUGGACCCUUUUGCAACAAGUUCUGCCGGGGUCGCGAUGACUUCUUCGGUCACUUUAACUGCGACCAAAGUGGCUCCAAGGUCUGCAUCGAUGGCUGGACGGGGCCAGAGUGUAAAGAACCGGUGUGCAGGCAGGGGUGUCAUCAGGCCCACGGUUUCUGUACUGUACCUGGAGAAUGCAAGUGUCAUUAUGGCUGGAUGGGUCCGCUAUGCGACCAGUGUGUGACGUUCCCAGGCUGUGUGUAUGGGAGCUGCACUGAGCCUUGGCAGUGUGUGUGCGAUGUCAACUGGGGAGGACUGCUGUGUGACAAAGAUCUGAACUACUGUGGCACCCAUCAGCCCUGUAAGAACAGCGGGACCUGCACCAACACAGAGCCGAACGAGUAUCAGUGUGAGUGCCAGGAAGGCUUCAGAGGACGCAACUGUGACAUCGUGGAACAUGCGUGCUUGUCGUCCCCGUGUAUGAACGAAGCGACCUGCGUGGAAGACCAAACAGGAUUCAGCUGCAUCUGUAGCGAAGGCUGGACUGGACACACCUGCACAGAUGCAGUGAAGCAUUGUGAUCGCAGCCCCUGUGGCCAUGGAGCAACAUGUGAGGAAGCUCCUGGAAGUUAUCGGUGCCUCUGUCCGCCUGGAUGGACCGGCAGGACAUGCCAGUUAGACAACAAUGAAUGUGAGUUGAAUAUAUGCAGCCACGCCCGCUCUUGUCGCAACCUGAUUGGAAGUUACCUGUGUGACUGCCUUCCUGGAUGGACGGGGCCUAACUGUGACAUCAGGAACAGCAGCUGUCAGGGUUUGUGUUUGAAUGGUGGACGUUGUGAGGACCAGGUGUCAGGGUCCAGAUGUGUGUGUCCACCUGGAUUCUCUGGAAAAUAUUGCCAAAAUCGCCAGAGUCCAUGUGAUAGCGCCCCCUGUCUGCACGGAGGACAGUGUGUGGAGAAGGAUGAAAGAACAAUUGCCUGCAAUUGUCCCACGGGAUAUUCGGGAACCUUCUGUGAGAUAGUGUUGGACCUGUGCAAUCCCAACCCUUGUCAGCAGGGGGUGCAGUGUCACAUCAUAGAAGGCAGACACAUGUGCGUCUGUCCAGAUGGUUACUAUGGUGAUGAGUGCUCGAGCCUAAAAAAUCCCUGCGUUGGUCACCACUGUCCAGGCCCCAUGUCUGGUUCAACACACGGAGGCCUCAGCUUCUACAUGAUUCUGGUGGGAGUCUUAGCUCUGCUGGCGGUCUGUGGCUGUGCCGCCUGCGCCUUCAUCCUGUCCCACCUCCAUCGGAAGCGGAAAAAGCAGCAGGCUGUCCCACAGGAAGACGGCAUCAACAAUCAGAGGGAGUUUGUCAACCUUAUCAGAAACGUGGACCGUCCGGUGCCCCAGCUGCCCACUACUGUCCCUCUUACAAACGCUCCAGCCCCUGCCCCUGUGUCACGUUGCUACGAGGAGAUUGAACUGACCCUGCCGCCCUCCCCGGCCCCUUCACACCCCUCCCCGGCGCUAAAGCCAUCACAUGCCGCCAAACUGGACAUUUCAAACCAGGAAAGAGAGAAGCUGAACCGCCUCCACUAUGCAGAUAACCAAGAGCUGGAGGUCUGACACUAUCCUGACCUUUUGAAGCUCCGAGGAGGUUUCCUUUUCAUUUACUUUGCGUCCUUAGCACUCUUUUGCUCACAGGACCCCGUCUCCAGUUACUUGCACUGUCACUGUUGCAGAUAUGAAAAUAAAAGGUGACCCUUUGACCUGUAUGAGCACAAAUGGCUGUAGGCAGACACCUGAGGAACAAAAGCUGCUAAGCAGACAGAUCGAAAGAGUGUCGUUGCCUUUGGGCCUUCUUUGGCGACCAUGAAAAAGCAGCAGGGGCAUGAUGUUUGACUGAAAGGCUCAACAUUAAACUGGAGACUUAAAGACUUGCCUUUGAGUGCCUGAGACACUGUCAAGAGUAAGCACAGGAUCUUCCUCCAUAUGUGACUCGAUGCAUUUCUUGGUCUGUGUUGCCUUCUGACUGGUGUCCAGACCUCCACUGAACUCUGAAUGACUGAAAAGAUCAGUGAACAGAUGCCUAUUUAACGCUUGUUUUUGUGUCUGGCUGUAUGUAAGUAUGUGUGAGAGUGAAAGUGAGAUUGGAUAUUAUUAGUCUUUGUGAGAAACGGAAACAUUUUUGCUCUCAGCAAAGAGAAGCGUCAGAAGAGAGUACAUACUCCUGAACCAAGGGCUUUCAAGCCUUCUGAGAACCAUUUUAAAACUAUACACUGUUGCCUGUUUUGUCUCUGUAAUACUGCAGAUUGUCUGAGAUGUAUGGUUUUUUCAUACCUGCGUGUAACAUAGUUGUUUUUGUACAUAAAUAUAUUGUACAUAUUGAUGCCCUUUUUGUAUUGCGUCUUGUCAGUCUGUAUUACUUUGCUCUGUUUGUCCCCUUAUACUUUCCAUUUGGAGGAACCAGCACAUGUGGAAUGUAAUAAAAGUGCAUUUACCAACUCUGUGAUAUCUUUUAAUAAACACAAGGGUUUAGCUGUCACAAUUAAUCCCUGUGAGCCAAAAGCUCAGGCUUCAGACAGCUCUAACCCCUCUUUUUCAGAC